AUGCACGUGACACCAAACAAACUGGCAGGGCAGUCUCUGCGGCGCGUCCCGAUUCAUGGCAUCUGCGGCUACGCACCCGGCAACAUCCCUGCCUACAGCAACGGCAUGGGUGCCACCAUCACCGCCGAGCGCCACUACGAGCGGCAUUACUUCAUGGGAUACAAGUGGCAGUGCGUGGAAUUUGCCAGGCGUUGGUUGUUCUACCGCAAGGGUUUGGCGCUACCACAGUACGACUUUGCCGCCCACUUGAUCUACCUACGGGAGGUGCGAGAUGUGUGCACAGGUGCCGCGGUGCCGUGCCGCUUCAUUCCGCAGGGAUCAACGGAGCCCCCGGAGGCCGACAGCCUGAUUAUUUACCCUGGAUGCAGGAAAAACAUUGUGGGUCACGUGGGCGUAAUCACGCAUGUUACCUCGACGAGCGUGCAGGUGGCCGAUCAGAACCGUUUUUUUCAUCAUUGGGGCGAUAACUCUUUUUCUGCGGAAUUUCCCCUGGAGUGUGUAGAGGAUCGCUACUACAUCCGUGACCCUGACGCGGUAGAGUGUCGUGGGUGGAUCGUCUUCCCGGGGCAGCCCAACCGCCUGGAUGGGAGGCCGCUCCAGUUAGAGCCGCACAUGUCUGGUCCCCCGUCCCUUCCGUGCGCGCGACGCGUCGCGUACGUGGUACAGCAGUUGUGGUCGUGGUGCACCGGACGCGAGAUUCCCACAUUCUCCCCGCUCUAA